ACACGACCUACAUGGAGAUGAACCGCUAUACUAGCCAGUCUUUGACCCGACUGUGUGUUUGCAAAGGAUGUCCAGAAUUAAACUACUAUUUCACAUGUGAUGGGCUAAGUUGCCACCAGUGUAGCACGUAUGACUCUAACCAGGAGAACCCAGUCUGUGUUGACCCGUACAGUUUUGGUGAUGACAACCUAGAUGCCUGUGAGGACGGUGAUACACACUGCGUGAAGAUGAAGACAGUGGCGACCAUGGUGGAUACAGAGUCUGGAGGACUACUGGGUCAGGUCGUUAUUUCGCGAUUCUGUCGGAGCGUGCCACAGAAGUCAAACACUUGUGAAUACCUGACUGGGGCCAGCUCCUUGUCAAUCACCUGUUACUGCGACUCAGAUGGCUGCAACUCUGGGCCUACCAGUGGGCCAAGCUCCGUGGUCGUCGCCAUGACAACAUUCCUAGGACUUCUGAUAACAACGAUAAUCUUGCAGUCAUCCUCAUAAGGUUUUCUGUUUACAGAUAUUUGUCCUGGUCAUUUAGAUCAGAUACCUUUUUUUUUUAAUAACUGGGAUUUUUAAAAAUCGCCGAUUUAAUUUUUUUUUAUUUCCAGUUUUAUUUGUUACUUUUUUACUUCGUUUUAUCAUGAACAUGUAUAUUGUGUUUUUUUUUAGCCUUGCUAUCUGUAAACACAUUCAAGUACAUUAAAGUUUUUUCUGUUAUGUUCCACUAAAUUCAGAGUUAUAAGCAAAGAAUAGCUUUUCUUCACCUGUAUGUUCAAUCUGGUGCCACUAUUUUUUUUUUAUAUGAGGACAUUUAUCAUCAUACAUAUCCAUGUGAAAAAUGGAAAUGAAAUUCAUCAGCGUUUGUUUUUAUAAAACAUCGGUUUAAUAUAGACUAUCUAUACAUGUACAUGCACCUUCUGCUAUUUUUAAAAACCCAUCAAGCGCAUGUGAUCAUGACCGUAAUAGUUUUUGCUAUCAAAACUGCCUACUGCUUCACUGAGACUUUUCAGACACUACUGCCAAUGUUUCUUGUGAAAGCAUUCAGAGCUCUGAUUGCUUACACUUGCUGUCUCUUCCAAGCUGUAUCUCCCUUAACAAAGUCACAUGUUUCCCUGAGUGUGACAUCCACGUAUCUGUAUACAUUUAUGGCAUUUACAGCCAAUUGUACACAAGGUCAGUAUCCUAGCUGUUGAAGUUUGCAAACAGAUAAUUGAAAGAAAGUAUAUCGUUGUGUCCUAAAUUUGUAUCUGAAACAUCUGAGAUGUAGCAAGAUAUGGGCUUUUAGAUCUGAGAGAUGUACGCAAAAAAAAUUCUCAAUCCGAUUAAUACAUGUAUUCUAAAAUAAGUACGCAGACAUUUUUAUGGACAACCUAAUUUCUAGUUGCUAAGCCAUGCUUUUAGUAAGGCUGUUUGCCUAUGAUCUUCUUGAAUUUCUGUUUUCCAUUUCACAGAUUAAAAUAUCGGAACCCAACAUAUGAAAAGAAGAAAGUAAAUUAACUAUUGUGUCCUGAAAUUU